AUGCGGCGCCAGCUCUUCCUGUCCCUCCAGCGGGUGACCUUCCUGAGGACGCUGCAGGGCGCCAGGAACCUGGAGGCAGCGGGCGCGGGCUGCAGAGCGUCAGAGGAGGGAUCCUGGGACGUGCAUGCCGUCCCACCCUGGGCCCGUGGCCUCUCUGGUAGCAGGCCUGCUCCGGCAUCCAGGGCCAAGCCCCGCCGCCGGGCGCCACGCCCACCCACUCUCCCCAGCGCAGCUGCGCCUGUGAAGCCCGCCCCCGCGCGCCGCCCGCCCUCCAGGCAGCAGGACGGCGGCAUCACAGGCGCGAGGCCGCCGGCGCACAGCGCCCCUGCCCCGCCCCGGCGACCUUCCCCCGAGGAGGUCUCCGCCGCCACCCGGCGCGUGGAGGCGGUGCUGGAGGGGUUGGGCCUCCGCCUCGCCGCCUGCGCGGCCGACCCCGAGCGCCAGCACGGCCUGCUGCUGGCGGCGCUGGGCGACGCGGAGCGUGCAGGGUCCGGCCUGGCCCCCGCCCACCUCCACGUCCUCCUCUCCGUCGGCCUGUGCCGGCUGGCGCAGCGCUGCUCGGGGGAACUCGACGUGCACAGCGUGGCUCGCCCCUACCUGGACAUCCUGACGCGGCUGUGGGAGGCGCUGGCCGCCUGCAGCCACCCGGUGAGCCACCGCAUGCUGGACCGCCUGGCCCGCCAGACCCUAGCCCUGCUGGUCACGGCGGGCACGCCCGAUGCGGCGCGGGCGCUGGCCUGCGCCGCGCGCUACGCCUACGAUCCGCUCCACGGCAGGCUCACGCAGGCCCUGACCGCGCACUUGGGCGCCGCGCCGCUGGCCAGCUUCACGCCGCAGAGCGUGCACGCAGUGCUGGGCGCUGGCGCGCGGACCGGCAAGCCGCUUGAUCCCGGCCUGGUGGAGCAUGCCGCGCUGGCCACGCUGUACCAGCUCCGCCACCACGCCGUGGGCCUGCUGGACCUGGGACGCAGCUGGAACCUGCUGCUGCGGCACGAUCCCGACCCGCUCCAGGGCAGGCUGGCCAGGGCCGCGGCUGCAGAGGUGUGGCGCCAGCUGCCCGACGCCUCCUGCGAGGCCCUGGGCGAGGCGCUGAGCGCGCUGCACGCCACCCGGCAGCGCAUGGGCGUGCCCACGCUGGAGGCCACCGCCGCGCGACUGCAGGAGCUGGACCCCGCGCGCUGCCCCCCGGACGACCUGGCCCGCUGCCUGUGGGCCUACGGCAAGCUGAGGUGGCACCUGGCGCCCUCCUCCACGCGCCAGGCCCGGCUCCUCAACCACCUGGCAGCCCGACCGGGAGAGUCGGUGGACGUGCAGGGCUUCGUCCACGCCCCCCCACUGAGCACCGGGACGCAGGGCGGCCAGCUGCAGGCGCUCGCACAGCAUGCACAGCACGUGCACGACGACGACGGCACCCCGGACGCGUUCCUGGGUGGGCGGCUGCACAAGAACGACGUGCUGCCGUGGGGAAUGAGCCGGGACACCCCACUGCCCAGCGGCAGGACGCUGGGCCAGCUGGACGGCGACGAGGUGCGCGCUUUCCUCCAGCGCACCCACGACCUGCGAGUGCGCCAGGUGGCCAAGGUGGCGGGCGACACGGUGAGGGCGGCGGAGGAGAUCAUUGCCGCGGUCCGGCGCAAGUACAAGCUGAAGAAGGGCGGCCCAGCCGCCGUGCCGGCCUCCUCUGAGCCCAGCGCGCCCGAGACGCUCAUCCUGGAGGACAGCGUGUGGGCCCUGGCCAACGCCAUCGGCAGCGCCGCGCGGCGGCAGGGGCAGCUCCCACCGCGUGUGGAAAGAGUGUCGCACGACGAGUCCUGGCCAUCCCGCACUGUCGUGGACCCCGUCACCGGGAUCACGUCGACGGUGCCGCACUACACCCCGGCCAUGCUGGAGUAUCGGGAGGACUGGGUGCGCCCCGCCUGGCUGGACGAGCGGCUGCCGCCGGGGUCCGCCCCACGCGACCCCUGGAACCCCGGUGCGGGCAGGGAGGAGGGCCAGGGAUCGUCGCCAUCCCAGCAGGAGCGACUGCCACAGCUGCUGGAGGUCGAGACGGGGGAAGGGCCGGCGGGGGACGAGGGUGACGGUGCUGAGCUCAGCGCUGAUUCGGCGACGGAAGGCGAGUCGCCGCCCGGUCUCCUGGGCGCCGCGGCCGCAGAAGAUGAUGAUGAGGAGGAGGAUGAGGAGGAAGAUGAGGAGGAGGAGGAGGAGGAGGUUGUUGAGGACAGGACAGCUGCGAGUGGGAGGCGCGGUGUCCCCACCGCCCCAGACACAGGGCGGGAGGCCGCUCAGCCAUCAAAGGCCCCGGGCCCCGGUGCGGCACCGCGCUCAGCCGCCUGGCGGCUGAAUGCGGCGCAGGAACUGGUGACGCAGCACGACCUCGAUCGGGUGGCGAACGAGGUCUGGGUCCGUUGGUUGCGUGCACCCCGCGCAUCUCUGCAGGCCUGCUUCCAGUCCGUCACCCAGCAACGCGCCAAUCUCAGCUGGAAGGUGAGGAUGCGGGAAGCGGCUGGCAGAGGCGUCUGUGUCGGACGCGCCAGGCGCUGGAGAAGGAGGAGGACAGGCUGCUUGCCCUUUGGGAACGGGCCAGGUGGCGCAAUGCUCAUCUCUGGGGCGGUUGAGCGUUCCGCCCUCCCAUCCAUAUCAGGCCAUCAAUCCCCGGUCUCAUGCUCAGCACCGUACAUGGACAUGCAGGGCAUCAUGCACGCUCUGGAGGCCAUGAGCAUGCACUUUGUGGUGGACCGGCCGCUGCUGGCCUCCAUCCAGGGCCGAAUCUUGGAGGACCUGGGUUCUGUGGGUAACAAUACGAUCAUCCGCUACCUGGUGACGUGUGCGGCCCUGCAGGAGUCGCCUGGUAAGCCCUUCCUCGACGCCGUGGCGGAGGAGGUGCUGGGGCGGCUGGAACGGCGCCAGGCCUCCCAUAGCCACCUCAUCAUGGUGGCCUGGGCCAUGGCCACGCUGGGCCAGCUCAGCGCGGCGCGCUUCGCGGAGUUCCUGCGCGCCGCCCCUGCUGCCACGGAGCCCAGCCACGUGGGGAACCACGGCCGCCUGCUGCAGAUUGCGCUCUACCUGCAGAUGGAGACGGGAAAGCACUACUCCACUUUCCUUCCCGCGGAGAUUCUGGCGGUGGUGGAGGAGCGAGCCAGGGAGGACCAGCCCACGGUGUCGUACUUGCAGCAAGACAUCCUGAGUGCCCUGAAUACGCUUGGCCUGGAAUUCGAAAUGGAGGCCAGGGCCGUGAACGGUCUGCUGUCAGUGGACUUUGCACUGCAAGGGGAGCACACCAGCAGGAAGAUUGCAGUCGAGGCAGAUGGCCCGCUCCACUUUGCGCCCACCCCCCCGUACCAGCCCCUCUCUCACACCCUUUUCAGGGACAGGCUGCUGGAAUACAAUGGGUGGACCGUCGUGAGCGUCCCUUUCUACGAGUGGAACCGGCUGAGGUCACUCACGCAGAAGCAGGCAUACCUGAGAGAGAAGCUGGCACCAGCUGUGGAGGCAGGCUGA